AUGGCGGAAAAGGAGCUGGACGCGGCCACUCUUGGCCAGAACAUCGCCACGGCAUUCGACCAAUAUACGCAGCCGGCACACGAGAUAGAAGAGAUUCGAAAACAGCUAUUCCAUAUCGAUGCAGCAAACGAACUGCAAAGCCACCAGAAACUCGAUGACAAGUUGAAAGCCGAGUAUCUCGAAGCUGUUCGAGCGAAUAUCGCAGCAAGCCGCCGCCACAUGGAGGCUGCGGGAACUGCCUCUCCUCAGGCACUUCAUAAGCACUCAUCGCCUCGACCUGCAUCGGCCAAGACAAAUCUCUUUAGUCAACACCUCGAACUGUUACGACUGAGGAAACAAAACGCGCGAUUGACAGCCCUGACUAAUGAAAUGAACGCCAUCCCAUCUUCGCCCAGUCUGGCAACGACACAACUGGGAUCCACUACCGUCGAAUCCGUGGCCGCGACUCCUUCUUCCCAGCAUGGGCGGCGGCAGGAGGAUCUCCCGCGGUCCAUUAUGCAGUCUCUCCAAGCUCUCGAGAUGGCCGUGGUGUAUGCGAGACACGAAGCGACGCAACAAAAGGCGUUGCUGGACCUGGCGCGGUCCAGCAUCCCAGAGCCCGGAAACGCACCAGACGAGCGACAUCAUGCCGCAAUGUCUGUGGCCAGGAAGUUAUUGACUAUUUGGCUGCAAGAAUCUCUGGAUACAUGUCAAGAAGGUCUUGAUGUCUUGCACAAUCAAGGCGUAGACGACGCGCCCCACCCUGAAGAAGAAUUGGAAGCGCAGAUCGGUGUUCAGUACGAGCAAUAUCUCGAGGCGCGUAGACAGCUUCUCUCUACUGCUGCCAACUUGAGAACCCUUCUACCGGAGGAAAAAGAGCCGAGAGGUAUACGAGGCACUAAGUCAGUGGAGCAAUCGUUGAAACCUCAAGCAACUGAUCUUGUAAAUUUGAUUGAACGACGUCUGCUCCCAUCCAUGCACCAACAGAGAAUGUCGUCCUCCCACCUCACAUUGAUGGACGAACAGCUGCAUAAAGAAUCCACCAAUACAAUCAACAUGCUUGACCGGCUCAGCGAUGAGAGCCAGCUCCUUCAAGCUUUUCCGCUCCUCGCUCGCUCCGGGCGCUUUGUGCAUGCCACAUCCGCUUUUGGGGACAAGGAAAAACAGGAUGCUGAAGCGGAUACAAAGGACGAAGUGUCGAAGCGACUUGGAUCGUGGAUGUUUGCAGCCGAGGCCGCCGAUGUGGCUUCUUCGGGGCAGAUUGAAAAGCAUCUGAAGCAGGGAAGGGAGGCUAUGGAUGAAGUCAGGAGAGACUUGGCAGCCGUACAGCUUCUUAAGGAAGCUCGAACCUGA